CAAUUUUCAAAGUUCAUUAACUGCAAAAUGAAGCACUUAGUAAUAGCCUUCUCCUACAAAAGUUUCAAAUUCAAAAUGAUUUGUUUGUCAUCUGGGUGAAAAUUUUUUUUUUAAUAGGCUUAUUAAAAAAUGUCGAAAGACAAAAGGGGAAUACCAUAUAAAUUUUUGAUUGAUAUUUUUGAAAAAUCUGCUGGGCAAAGUGAUGUUAUUCUCAAAGAAGUAAAAGAUUCGUACCCAGAAGUUUACAUUGGGAGACCUGAUCGGUUUUACAAUACUAUUAAAAGGAUUGUUUCUCCAACUGUUCCUUCUAUUCUAAAUGGAAAAAUUGCAGUGAAAGGUGAAGCCUUAAAAGCAUAUAAAAAAAGAACAUGGGUCCCAAAAAUUCGGAACACAAAACAAAUGACCGGUUCUGUUCCUGAUGAGUUCAGUUGUAGUGUUCCUGGAUUUGUUUUAGGGACACAAUUAAAAACUGAUUUAGAAAAUAAAGCAGUUUCAUCCAAUGAAGAAGGAAUUUUUGAUCAUGAUCAUCAUUUAAAUGUUCCAUCAUUUAUAGAUCCUCACUAUGCACCUCGGAAUAUCAAAAGGAGGGAAAUGAGAAAAAUGAGGAGAAAUCAUUCAUUGAGAAGUGAAGUGAAGCAACUAAAGCAAAAAGUUUCUGAUUACGAAAAAGUUAUUUGUCAGCUACAGCAAGAGAUUAAAACUGUUAAAAAUUGUAAAGACAAAUCACUGAAGCAUUUGCAAAAGCAAUGUGAACUAAGUUCUUUAGAUUUUAUGAAACUAGAAGCUGAAUUUGAGAAGUAUGUACGUGAAACACAUGAUGACAUCAACACAACUCUACCUUCUCAUACUUCUUCUGAGUCUCCAGCUACCUUUCAAACUAAGGAUGGAAAAAGAUAUUCUCCGAUUAUACGAACACUUUAUUAUUCACUUCUAACAUCACAAGUCCCACCUAAUAAAAUCGCAAAUAUCAUUAAAGACGUCCCAUCAGCUUUUUUUCCAGGUGUGGAUAUCACCACAUUAAAGCUACCUGCUGAAAGUUGUGCAGGUUAUAUGCGCCGUGAAGAGCUUAAAACUGUCAGCUUGGCACAUCAAGCAACAGUUCUUUGUGAUGCUAAGGCGCUAUAUCUAAAUAGUGAUGGUACUACCAAGAAUCAGCACAAGUUGAAUGCCACAGCAUUCAAUGGUGUGGUGAUAUCAGUAAGCGAAAUUCCAGAUGGAAAAGCAGACACAGUUAUUGACGAUAUAGAUCAGCAAUUCAAGAAACUAAGACGAAUUGCCAAUCAAUUGGGGAUAUCAAACUCUAGCACACUUAACUGGUCUAUGAUUCGUUCCUCAACAUCUGACUCUGCAUCUACUCAAAAACGUAUAAAUGAUUUACUAGAACAGCGUAAAGAAGAAGACUGUAAAGAGUUGCCAAAUGCAAAUCAGGAGAGCUUAGAGAUAGUAAGAAUUUUUUGUGCCAUGCAUUUAGGAGUUAAUUUACGAAAAGCCUUUGUGGCAGGGCAAGUAUCAGAAUACCAAGAAAGUAUUGAUACUUUUGUAUACGAGUUCUGUAAGUUAUUUGGCUCACAUGGCACUCCUGAGUAUGCAGUUGGUUGUAUUCAGUUUCAAGAUUUUUUAAAAUAUAAAAUCAGUGAAUGUGAUAACAAUGAAUUGUAUUAUCAAGCAUGUCUUGAUAUUACUCUUUCUCGCCAAGUUGGCAGUCGGUAUUUCGUCACUUCACAUAAUGCAACAAAGAUUAUUUUCUUAGUUGCGGCUGCUUCAGAAUUUCUUACCUUUACUAAUAAGUGUGAUGAUGGAAACAGGUUAGAAAAAGAUGUAUUUUCUAAGCUCUCGGACACCAAUCUCUUAACCCUAUUGAAGGCUGAUGCGUUAAUGUUUCACCAUGUUUACUCUGAUUUAGUACUUUUAGCAAAAUCUAAAGAAUUAAAGAAGUCUGCAUAUGAUAUGAUGAAACAUUAUUUGGAACUCAAGAUAUUUCUAAAUAAAGUUGAAGAAAGUCCAGAAAUCAUCAUUAACCGCUGUUGUGAAGUUUUCUCGUCAGAGUCUCGUUUAUACAUGGAUGAUAGCAAAUUUAAUCACAGAAUACAUAGCCAUAUGAAACUUAUUCAAGAUCAUCUAUUUCAAAGCCUUCCAGAAGAUAAAACUGCUUUAUUUUCCAUAAUAACCAGUGGAGCAUCAUAUAUGCAGGCAAAGCUGUGUAGCUAUGCUUGUGACUUUCUACCAAAUGGUAUAUAUUGGGAACCAGAUGCUGAAACUACAGCUGUUUUAAAAGCAUUGGAACCAAGUAAUGACUUGUGUGAGUCUAUAUUAGGUCUCAAUGACUAUCUGUGCACUGCUUUACCCAAUAUGCUACAACUAACUAGAAGUAAUUUAACUGAAAUAAAGAAAAAUCAUACCAUGAAAUGGUUUCAUGAGUUACCUAAAGAGCGACAAAAGGCAAUUAUUGAUUUAGCUGUAAAGAAUCGUGGUGAAGUAAGAGCUGAUUACAAGGAACAUCAAAAUCAAGUUACUAAAAAAAGACAGAAUAACUUGGUAGCACAAAAGAAAAAAGCAGAUAUGUUGAAACAAAAAGCAGCUACUGAAAAGGCAAAAUUAUCAAAACUUCAUUUGGUUACUUCUAUACCAGAAUUUGAGAGUAGCUUAAAUAUUAUUAAAGAGGAAGGACUCCCUCUAAAAAAGGAAGAAAAGAAGAUAUUGGAUUUCUUAAAGGAACAAGUACAAAUUCGUAAAAAGCUGCUACAACAAAAAACCAGUAUCACUUUUACAAGGAAUGGAAAGAAACGUCCUUUAGUUGUUUUAAUUGAUGAAGUUAGAGAGUUAAUAGUACAGCUACCUGGUGAAUAUAACCCUCAUUCUUUAGUCGGGAAACACAUUCGACACAAAUUCAUAGUUGAUGGAGAUCAAGAAGAAUGGUUUAAUGGUGUCGUAUUAAAUUUUGAUGGGGAUACACAUAGUAUUCUAUAUGAGGACAGUAGUGAGAUUUUCAACUUUAAUCUAAUGGAAGAUCUCUCGAUAGGAGAUUUAAAAGUACUGAAUUAACAAAAUAAAUGUACCAAUUAUGUAUAAUGCAUGUAUAAUAUAUGUAUAAUGAUCAUUGUGAUUUCCAGGCUUUGUGUUUUGUUCUUCCCAUGCAUGCACACUCUCCUCCUUAAUUGUAUUACAUCAUGUAUAAAAUUUUAUCUAAAAUUUUUUUAAAAUAUUUAAUUAAGAUGAACAAAAAAUUUAGUAAAA